GUGACUUGAUUGCCUAUUGCGAUUUAAUUUAAUUCGUUAUUUAUUCAUUUGAUUUUUAUAAGCGUGGCUCGUCCCUCAAUUGUUUAUAGUGUCGUUUAGUGCUACAUUUGAUAACGUUGACAACGUUGUGUAAAAUUAACACUUACUCUUUCAACGAAAUACUCUAAACCAAAUGGCGCGAAAAUCUGCAUUAGCUCUGCGAAUUUGGUCUUUGAAUCUGGAAUGGAUCGAGUAGUUCGAUUGGCUCUAGAAAUGUUAAUAUCGAACGCAGAUGAGAUGACAUAUAGCAGAAAGAUGCGAGUUGCCGAACGAUUUUCGAGGCACGUCCAUCGAGAACUAAGAACAGCCAAAUACUAAUUCUGUUUGGAGGUCGUUUCGUUUAUUGAGGAAAUUUGUAUAGCAGGUAUACAGCGACCCAUACAGAAACAAAAGACAAGGUUGCAGACCCUUUAAGUUCUAGGAGAGGAUCUAUUCAGUCUUCAUCUGCGCACCAAACUACAGUCUAGUCAGUGAGCUUUAUAAAUAAUCGAGCUGCAGAAGAGACACUACAACAGAUGCUAGCGAAAGAUCCGCCAGAGAUCUCAUGGGAUUACACACUGGGUUCGCCCAAUGGCGUGCCCUUCGAUGAUGACAUAAAGGAGUUACUGAGGAAGUGUCUCGAUGUCUCCGUAUCGCCAUCAAUUAACAUAACAGAGCUAAUCAGACGAAGCAAUGCGUUUCCCUUGAUGUUUCCAAUUAACACUGUAAAAUGCGCCGCUUUGAAGGACAGGGGAAUCAGCACGGAUUUUAUUGAGUUAAAUGCAAAUUCGGUAUAUCCACUGAUACACGAAGCGAUGUUGCCCUUGAUUGCGCGAUGGUUGAAAUACAAGCGAUUGUAUGGUAGCCCUGUUGAGAAAGCCAUGUAUGCGGACAUGGACCUAAUCCAAUUCAUCCAUCGCCUGUUAGAUAAGAGAGUGGCCUCCUUUUAUGGAGCUAGAGAUCGAUGGCAAUUACUUGAUUAUAAGAGUGGAUUUGGUGCCUGGGAGAGUGUUGGCACCGAUCAGGAGAAGGAACCACUGGUCCUAACAAAAUGCUUGAGCUGUGAUGAGAUUAAACUGUCAGCAAUGAUGGUGGUGUCGUCUCAUACGGAGUUCAUAAACGAUGGUUCACGAAAUAAUAGAGGUAUCGUGAGCUGUGACCCAGACACCGUCCAACCCAGAGGGAUUAUUAUGAGUGUCGUAGGCACAAGAUUCAAAAAAUAUAUGGAGUAUCAGGAUAUUGCCAUUACGCCACAGCAGAACAAUAUAGAUAAUGGAUAUGGAUCCGCGAUGGAUGGCACAUUUGAAGAAAAACGCGGGAUGCGUGUUUUAUGGGCCAAAUUUUAUGGCGAGGAUUAUCACCCGCUCUAUGAUGAAACCGUGAAAAAUAUGAAAUCGAAAGAGAACAGGCGGUAUAUAUCAUUCAGGAAUAAGUUAAUCUUCGAUAUCGAGAAUUACAUGAAGAGAACCCUGCUCUCUGUAGAGAUAAUACUACUCGAAGCAAACAGCCGCGCUGAGAAGCAAAACACCACCGCUUUCUUACACGUAGUUGGUUUUGGUCUCGGUGUCUGGAAAAUAAUUGAGGAUCAAGAAGUCUACUUCUUGAAAACAUUUGAGAUCGCCAUCAAAAAGAUGAACAAGAAGCUCAAAUACGUUUCUGACAUUAUGUUUGCUUAUUUCCAACAACAGAAAUGCGGUAAUGCGGGAAACGGAAAUUAUCUGGGUGAUAUAAAAAUACAUUUUGGUCUGAGAGAACCACAUAGCAGACUGUCCCGAACCGAAGACUCAAGUAAACUCCUCGUUGUAACUUAUGCUAGCGAUGGAAAUACAUUACCAGGGAAUGAAUUCUGGUUUGGAAUGCUAGGAACUAGUGGCGAUCCCGCGGCCGCAUGCAGCACUCAAAUAACUGAGCUGCAUAAUUUUAAAAUUAAUCCACGCGCGUGCGGCGCCAGCUUGCAUGUCGCAUCCACGGAGCAUGGAAUUCUCCACAUAUCGGAUUAUGCGAAGCUUCAUCUUACUUAGGACCCGACAAGCGCCUCCUUAUCAACACUGAUCUUCCUUACUAAAGUUCGAUUUUGUGAUCUACAUGUGGAAUUAUGAAUGAUGUUGCCUUUAUAUUGUUAAUGCAGCAACAUAUAUCUUUAUUCAGUUGAGAUAAAAUCUCGUUCUAUUUUAUCUUUGUAUUUAUUA